CGGAAGGAUGUCGCUUGACAGAAGGACCUAGCCGUUCCCUGUGUGGAUUGUUGUGAGCUAGCUCAGGAAAGAUGCUGACCAAUAUCUCUAACGUGCUGAGGGCUUGUGCUCAGAGAAAUGGAGCUGCAGCGGUCGUGUCAGCGCGCACGUACGCCGACUUCACAACCGAGGCCACCUUUGAAAUAAAGAAAUGUGACAUCCACAAGCUGGAUGAGGCUCCGGCCACUCAAGUGGUUAUGACUCGUGACGAGGGUCUGCAGUACUACCGCGUCAUGCAGACCAUCAGGCGUAUGGAGCUGAAAGCAGAUCAGCUGUACAAGCAGAAGAUCAUCAGAGGGUUCUGCCACUUGUAUGACGGCCAGGAAGCCUGUGCAGUUGGUAUCGAAGCAGGAAUUAAUUUGACGGACCACCUGAUCACUGCGUACCGCGCCCACGGCUACACGUACACCAGAGGAGGGACUGUGAAGCAGAUCAUGGCUGAGCUCACCGGCAGAAGAAGUGGAAUUGCAAAGGGCAAAGGAGGCUCUAUGCACAUGUACACUAAAAACUUCUAUGGAGGAAAUGGAAUUGUUGGAGCGCAGGUUCCCCUGGGUGCUGGUGUGGCUCUGGCCUGCAAGUAUCUGGGCAACAAUGAGCUGAGUGUCAGUCUCUACGGUGACGGCGCUGCCAACCAGGGUCAGAUUUUUGAAACCUACAACAUGGCAGCACUCUGGAAGCUGCCCGCCAUCUUCAUCUGUGAGAACAACCGGUAUGCCAUGGGCACCUCAGUGGAGAGGUCUGCAGCCAGCACCGACUACUACAAGAGAGGAGACUACAUCCCCGGUCUCCGGGUGGAUGGGAUGGAUGUCCUGUGUGUUCGGGAAGCAACCAAGCUCGCAGCGGAUCACUGCCGAGCUGGGAAGGGUCCCAUUCUCAUGGAGCUUCAGACCUACCGCUACCAUGGACACAGUAUGAGUGAUCCUGGUGUCAGCUACCGCACGCGUGAUGAGAUCCAGGAGGUCCGUGGUAAGAGCGACCCCAUCUCCUUGCUGAAGGACCGCAUGCUCAGCAACAACAUGGCCAGCGUGGAGGAGCUCAAGGAGAUCGACGUGUCGGUGAGGAAGGAAAUUGAAGAUGCUGCUCAGUUUGCCACCACGGAUCCUGAACCCCCACUGGAAGAAUUGUGCGACCAUAUGUUUCACAACAACCCACCGCUGGAGGUGCGCAGCACGAACCCGUGGACCAAGCUGAAGUCUGUUGGCUAAAGUUUUAUCACCCACUGUUUUCGUCACGUCAUUCACCCAGUAAUAUAUUAGCUGCCCCUCACAUAUACACACACAUCAUACAAUGUACCAUAAAAUGGUGCCUCGGACCCAGAGCUCGAACCAUCAACAAGUACAUUUAUUUCGAUACUGUACAGUUUAACAGUUGGGCCACAUUCACAAAAAUGUUCUGAGGAUGAAACCAAGAUUAACAAAGACACUAAACUGGAUACUCGUUCAACGGUUUCAGUGGACAAAACACCCUAAAGUCUUUUUUUUUUUUUUGUCACAGUGUUCCAUAGUGUCAUGAAAUUCUGUCCCAUAUUUAUUUAUAGUUUUAGUAAAAAUAUUAACUUGGUAGCCAACUCGCCUAUUGUAUAGCUGUCGUAAUUACAAUCACCAUCCCUGACGUUGGUGGAUUAUUUAAAGUCUUCUCCUCCUGUAUGAAGUACAUGCACCAGACGAUAUGAAUUAAUACCUGUGAGUAAUUCUAUUUAUUUUAGAGGGAAGCUCAAUACGUUACUGAAGCUAUUUUAAGGAAUCUCGAGGUCUCUUAACAUUAAGCAUUUAGUCAGAAGGUUUUUGUAAAUCUGGCCCUAAGUGAAUACAUUUAGUGGAUUGUAAAUCUGCUUGUUUGAUGGUUUUCUCUGGUCACCUUUGAGGUGUAAUGAAGUGUCCAUCCAUCACUGUUCAUCUCAUAAAGAGACUGACCUGUAAAAAUCGGCUUUGUACUCUAUACUGAAGUGUACGUGAUAAAUCAUUCACUUUGAGUUAACUAGUUCUUGUCUUUUUUUUUUUAAAUUAUUAUUUAACCCCUUGUUACAAAGACACCAUAAAAGACAGCAGCUUAAAGACCAUUUAUAUUUCUUUCAAAAUACUGUAUGUGAGAGAGUGUGUAGGGAAUACCGAGGGAAAAGUUUGAAAUAUUUCAAUUUGUCUUGCCAAACCAAACGUGCCUGGCAAAAAGUUCAUCAGAUGAGCUUCUCUGUUCACAUCAAGUUUCCAAAUCAAAGAGGGAUGUUGGGUUAAGUAUUGUUGGUUAAGUAGCUUUAUGGGCUACUUAAAUGUCUUGUGCUAUUUGACCACAUCAGCCGUGGUACAUUAUUGGCUCAAAUGUACAGAGAUGCAUGGAUAUUUUAAACUUCAGUCUAUUUUUUCUUGUCAAGUACUUUAACACAUUAUUGUUAAAAUAAAAGGAAAAUGACUGCUGACAGCUCGGGUAGCAAAAUAGAAACCUUUUCGUUGUAAUGUGAAAAGUAUUUAGUCAAAUAAGAAGAUGGACUAAACUUUGAAAUGUCAGUACCUGUCUUCGUACAGCUGCAAAUACCCACAGUGGGAGUAUUUGUUGUUACAUCGACGCAGGCAAACACUCUAUGGAAACCUUUUGUUUUAUGUGUGUCCCUGUAAUAAAAAGACUAAGAUACUGA